AUGGUAUCACAACGGGAUAAAGAGCUGUUCAGAGAUGACGUUCGUGCCCAAGGGACAAAACUUAGUGCUGCUGAUCGUGAGAGCCUUUUGGAACCAUACCUACCAGACCCCUCGGAGCUUCCACAUCGGCAACUGCAGCGGCGCAGAAAAACUUCGCCCAAAAAGACCCCUAUCCGGACUUUCCUGAAGUCACAACUGCACCAGCUGACCUACACUCUCAUUCACAUUUUCUUUGGUAUCGUCGUUCGCCUCGCCCAGAGCUACCAUGCCGUCGUGGAUAGGGUGUUUGCCAUCGUCUAUUAUCAUCACCGCACCCCCGAAUUGAUCAGAAAGGAUGUCAAGAAUUUGGAUCGUUUGCCGGAGCACUUGAGUGUUAUAUUAUCACUGCGGCAGGAGGAGGAUUCUUUAACAGUUUUAAUGGAUGAAGUGGCAGAGCUUGCUGCGUGGAGUGUCAGUGCCGGGAUCCCUGUGUUAAGCGUUUAUGAGAAGAGUGGGGUCCUAAAAUCAUGCAUUCCCACUCUGCACCGCAUCGUUACAGGCAAGCUAUCUGCGUAUUACGGCUCUCCUUCCCAACAACCAACGUUACGACUUUUUGCUCCUCAUCACUCUGUGUAUCAACCACAGGACAGCAGCUCAACUGAAAAAGCCAACACUGAUUCUCUGACUGUGCUUCUAUUGUCGGCUACCGAUGGCCGGGAAACAUUUGUGGACUUGACAAAGACGCUCGCGGAGAUGUCGCAGAAUAGAAAACUAUCGCCAGAAGAUAUCACAGUAGAACUGGUCGAUGCAGAGAUUAGCGAGAUCACGACACAGCCAUCUCAGACAGCAUUACCGACCUCCAUUGGGAACAAAACAGCAUCUAUUCCGGACAUUUCAGUAAAACCAGAGCCUGACUUACUAUUAGUAUUCAGGCCCUUUUUGAAAUUAGAUGGUUAUCCACCCUGGCAUAUUCGACUUACGGAGAUGUAUUGUACAGGUGACAAGAGCAGCAGCAUGACGGGGUAUGGGGAGGCUGUUGAAUAUCAGGGCUUUCUUAGGGGCCUAUGGCAUUAUGCAGGGGCUCAAAUGCGAUUCGGUCGUUGA